AUGACCAGGCAGGUUACGAGGGACGCCUUAUCAACCGUGGAGCGUUCUGGACCUGUAAACCCCAGUCAGCGUGGUACUCAGGAAGCAGAGGAGGUGGGGAGUCACCGUGUCCUGCGUCGCAAACGGAGGCAGGGAGGGAGGAAGGACCAGAGAAUUGGAUUACCACGGCGACAGCAUUUUUUGAAUUCCCUCCUCACGUGGCCGUUUGAGAGCGGGACAGAGCCUCCAUCACUAGCUGACCGGCUCUCUGAUAACAUGACUCUGCAGAUAUGCUUGGCUGAGCUGGCGGGAGCGCAGCCGGAGAUACUCCGAGCAGUGGCUGGCAAACGCGAAUCCUUCCCCCGGAUCAUCACUCACUCUGAAAAGGCCAAGAAAGGGCAGGAAGAAGACAACGAGCUCCGAGCCAGAUUAGGAGCCGGUAACGUCGUGAUCUGGGAUCCUAAUUUGCCCAAAAUCCAAAGGCGUUGCGUAUUGUCAGUGCUCCCGAUUCCCAGCGUUGGAAGUGGUCCUCCGCGCUGCGCCCUCGUCUCCUGGCAGCGCUGGCUCCAUGCACACAAGCGGUUUUAUGUCUACAGGGACAACAAGAUGAGUACAAAACAGAUGGAAUCCAGCGCCGUGCCCACGCAUUAUUUUUUUUUGUGUCUUUAUUCUGUCGUCCCGUUUUGGGAUGCUGGGACUAACCGUACGCGUGUCUCCGCCCUCACAGGGAGAUCAGCGAUGAAUAAGCUGCGGCAGAGCUUCCGGCGGAAGAAAGACAUCUACGUGCCGGAGUCCAGUCGGCCGCACCAAUGGCAGACGGACGAGGAGGGGGUCCGCACCGGCAAGUGCAGCUUCGCAGUCAAGUAUCUGGGCCACGUGGAGGUGGAGGAGUCCAGAGGCAUGCACAUCUGCGAGGAAGCCGUGAAGCGGCUUAAGACGGACAGGAAAUUCUUCAAAGGAUUCUUUGCUAAAGCCGGGAAGAAGGCGGUGCGAGCCGUGCUGUGGGUGUCGGCGGACGGUCUCCGAGUGGUGGACGACAAAACAAAGGACCUAAUUCUUGACCAGACGAUAGAGAAGGUGUCGUUCUGCGCUCCCGACAGGAACUUUGAGCGGGCGUUUUCCUACAUCUGCAGGGACGGCACCACGCGGCGCUGGAUCUGCCACUGUUUCAUGGCCAUUAAAGACUCUGGGGAGCGCCUUAGUCACGCCGUGGGCUGUGCGUUCGCCGCUUGCCUCGAACGGAAACAGAAGCGGGAGAAGGAGUGCGGGGUCACGGCAACCUUUGACGCCAACCGAACCACUUUCACUCGUGAGGGCUCCUUUCGCGUCACCACGGCAACAGAGGCGGCGGAGCGGGAGGAGGUCAUGAGGCAGCUGCAGGAUGCCAGAAAUGAGGCGGAGGCGAUGGUCAGCGUGAGCCUGGCCAACAGCGUGGCCAGCCCCUCAGUGCACCACACCGGCGGCUCCCCGUCGCCCACGUCCUCCCCGCCUCUGUCGGCGGCCACGCUGGGGCCUCAGGUGAUCCCCCGCAGGCACGCGCCGGCCGAGGCGCUGGCCAGGCAGGGCUCCUUCCGAGGCUUCCCCGUCCUCAGCCAGAAAACGUCUCCGUUCAAACGGCAGCUGUCGCUGCGCAUGAACGAGCUGCCCUCCACCAUGCAGCGGAAAUCCGACUUCCCCAUGAAGAACACAGUCCCUGAAGUGGAAGGAGAAAGCGACAGCAUCAGCUCGCUGUGCAGUAAGAUCACCACAGCUUUCAGCGGGCCCCCAGAGGACCCCUUCUCCUCGGCUCCAAUGCCCAAACCGGCCUCAUCUCCGCAGUCUCCCGUGGCUCCAGUGAAUGGCACCACGCCUGCCUUCCCUGUUGCCGCUAUUCCUAACCCCACAGCCCUACCCCCUGCUCUUCCCGCCCGAGACACUAACCCCUGGGCUAAGAGCCCGGCGGGGGCCCCGGCCUCUGCUCAACCAGGAAGCGAAUGGGCUUCGGCCACACCGGAGAUCGCCCCCCGCACGUCGUCACCGGUCAUGCCCUCUCACAAACGCACGCCGUCAGAAGCAGACCGAUGGUUAGAGGAAGUCACCAAAUCGGUCCGAGCCCCGCAGUCCAAUCCAGUGAUGGCGGGGGGCACGCCCCCCUCCCAGCCCUUCAUCACGCCUGCGCCGAUGCCCGUGGCGUCCGUUCCCUCUGUCGCCCAGGUGGCCUUCAUGCCUUCUCUGCCCCCCGCCGUGCCCAUGCUGCCCCCCCGUCAGCCUGCUUUCCACGCCCCGGCGCCGGCCCCGGCCCCGGCCUCCUACCCGGUGUCCAACGGGCUGCCGUUCCCUCAGCCCAGCGUGCCCGUCUUCGGAAUCACUCCCUCUCAGAUGGUGGCCAACGUGUUCGGCUCGGCCGCGCAGCCCCUGCCGUUCCCCGUCCCGCCGGCGGCCGCACCCCAGCUGGACGCCCAGGCCGUCGCCCACCUCAGCCCCUUCAUAAAGCCCCCGCCGUCCACCGCCAUGAGCCCCGCCCCCCUCCAGCCCUUCAACGGCAGCGCCACCUUCAACGGGGCCGACAACUGGGCCGCCGCCGCCCCCCCUCACGGCGCCCAGCCCGCCCCGCCGCCGCAGCAGGAUGCGUUUGAGGCCCAGUGGGUAGCUCUGGAGGGCCGCUCGCGCCAGCACACCACGCCAUCACCCACAAACCCCUUCUCCACCGAGCUGCAAAAGACCUUUGAGAUCCAGCUCUGA